CUCAAUGCUUCACUUUUAAACUAUAAAGAUAAUCGUGUACUGAUUUUUAAAUCAUUUAACUCUUAAUCACUCUAGAUAAAUCUUAUCAAAAUGUGUAUAAACGUAUACAUGUAUAGGAAUUAUAUAGAAUAUACGCUUCUCCAUCACACUAGUAUUUAGGUCAGCAAGUAAUCUACUUGCAAAAAAGUUUUGUUGAUUCUGAAAAUGGUUUAUAGUAAGGUUGAUAUAUAUUGUUACAGUACUGAUUGAAAUAGAUAUCAAAGUUAACUGGAGAAGUGUGCAACAGACAAAAUGGUAAUGAGCUCUUUGUUUUUAAAUUCGUGGUUGGUGAAAAAUUGGAAAAUUACAUUGACUGCGGUGCUAGUAAUAGCAUUGGCCAAUUUUAUCCACUAUGUAGGUAAAUGGUACAGAUAUAGAAAAACAGUUAAACAUAGUGGAGAUAGAGAAACAUUGUUGGAUGGCGAAGAAUAUGUGGGUGCUGAUUUUAAUAGCAAUGAGAUUAAAAAGAAUAAGCAGCCAACUGAUGACACUACUAACAUCAGAUAUGUUCCUGCAUUAAAAGUAGAUAAUCAUGUGCCUUUUCUUGGUGCAACAGUGACGCUUCCCGGUGGUGCUAAACAGUUCUAUGAAUUAGUAAAUAAUCGUCGAAGUGUACGCUCUUAUAGUUCCACCAGAGUUCCGCCACUUGAAGUAAUCGAACAAUGUGUGCGCGCUGCUGGUACAGCUCCGAGUGGAGCACACACCGAACCAUGGAUAUUUUGUGUGGUCAGUGAUCAAAAUAUGAAGCAACAAAUUCGUGCGAUAAUCGAAACAGAGGAGGAAAUGAAUUAUGCACAACGUAUGCACCGUCAAUGGACGGCUGAUUUGACUCCAUUGCGUACAAAUCACAUCAAACCUUAUCUUACGGAUGCACCAUACUUAAUUUUGAUUUUUAAGCAAGUUUAUGGUUAUUUGCCAAAUGGCGAUCGUAAACAACAUUACUACAAUGAGAUAUCGGUAGCAAUUGCCACAGGGAUUUUACUAAGUGCAUUUCAGUCGGCUGGUUUAAAUACAUUGGUUACUACACCCUUGAAUUGUGGACUUGCAUUACGUAUGUUACUCGAUCGGCCGGAAAAUGAAAAACUGCUAUUGCUAUUACCGGUUGGCUAUGCUGCUGAUGACUGUGUUGUACCUGAUCUGAAGAGGAAAAAUCUGGAAGAAAUAAUGCAUCUAUAUUAACAUUUGUAUAACUCUGUUAAUGUUGAUAAAGUAAUAGAAUAAAAAAUAAUUAAA